AUGGGAGCUCUGGGUGUGGAGAAGCCUCGGUGGGAUGCGGGGAGGCAGCCAGCAGGCAAGAUUCUCUCCCUGGACAGGCAAGGGGCCAAGAAAGUGCUGGAGAUCUACGUCAGGCGCUCGCUGAGCUGCUGUGAGAACUCGCUGGCAGCCAAGAAGAUGCUCCAGGAGGGAGGCAGAAAGCGAGGGAGGAAGGCAGAUGGGCUGCAGCGGUCGAAAAGUGACUUCUGCAAGUAUUCGUGUGCCAAACUCAGCCCCAGGAAGGACCCGGAGGAGGGACACAAAGCCCCAGACCUAGAGGAGGCUCUGCAGGAUGAGAGCAAAGCUCCUGGGGAGGUUCCUAAAGAAAAGCUGGAGCCCAAGAGGAAAAGCACAAAAAACUCUUCUCAGGGCAAAACCCAACGCACGUGGUUCAAAAGCUUCUUAAAUUUCCUCUUCAAGAAGAGCCCUGAGGAGCAGAAGGAAAACACAGGGAAAAAAGCAAAAGAGAAGGAUGCCAAAGCUCCUCACAAACCAGAAGAGACUCAAACACAUAGAGGGAGCUGGAACACGUCCCCAUCACCAGGCAGGGCCCCGAAGAGGAGACCUGGCCUCAAGAGGGUUUUCUCCUUCAAGAAGCACCCAGAGGACGAGCGGGGAGAGGUGGCAGCUGGGGGGAGGGCCAAGAGACCCAGCUGCCUUCCCCUGCGGCACAUCCAGGCACCAGCCACGCCAGAUGUGGGGCAGCCCGACGGUUACUACGCCCAGGUCUCAGAAGAGAUCGGGCUGAUCGUGCAGGGCAGUGAGAGCCAGGGCAGCAGAGCUCGUGGCUGUGAGGAGCCACCACGGCCCGUCAGCACCGAGGGGGUUGAUGAAGCCAUCAGGAGAAUCGUCGCCUUGCUGCAGAGAGCAGGAGAUGAGCUGGACAGGCAGGUGAAGGAAGACGCACGGCUACGGAUGUUCUUCAGAGACAUCUCCUACAGCUCCUUCAAGGACCUGGCUGAUGCCUAUGUCCGUGAGGAGAUGACAGCCAGCAGGCCUGAUGCCAACCUCCAGGAGGUCCAGUUUGCCUUCGCAGUGCACCUCACUGCCAGGGUGGCAGGGAUCUGCAACCAGGCAGUGAACAGGAUCAUGGGCUUCGGCACCCAAUACCUGGAAGAGUCGUUCAUCCCCUACAGCAAAAUUCUCCAGGUAAGGGAGGAGGAUUGA